UGCGACGAGCACAACAAGUGCGCGCAUGCAAAAAGCCACGGAGCCCAGAGGUUUUCAAAAGCUAAAACCCAAAGCCGAAGCCAGUGUCCAAAAAGAAACCCCUCUGUGUAGUGCAGUGUAGUGUAAGCGAGAGUGAAAGUGAAAGUGCAUCCUUCGCAGCAACAGUGGGAGUGAGAGGCUGGGCAGGACACCUGCCGGCGAGGUCCUUGCUCUGCGAAUGCGCGCGAUCCGCAGGAGUUCCCUUAUAUCAAUUAGCUGCGCGCGUUCAAUCAAACAUGUAACUCCCUCUCCCUGAUUUCGGAAAACCUGCGAUCGAUAUUUGCCUAGGCUUAGGAUUUCGGUGGUGGUGGUGCCAAAAAAGAGUAGAACCCCCCAGAUUUAUACCCCCCAAACGAGCCACCGAUAAAUUGUAUGCCAUUUAUUUUUGUGAAGAUAAUCAGAUCGCUCAAGUGCUAUCGAGUGCCCAUUUUGGAUUUUAAUCUAAGGCUUAUCCAGGCUAAAAAACCCCAUCUGCCCAUCUGCAGCUGGACCCAAUCAAUACGGAAAUAUGAAUAGGUUUUGGAUAAUCGCAUUACUUUUAGGAUUACAGCAAACAAAGCCAAUAACUGGACAAUCGGAUGUGGAGGUGCAAUUAGUGGUGCCCCGGUAUGUGGAACGCGGAUCGAGUGCCACCUUCAAGUGCCGGCACAAUGUCCAGCCGGAAAUACUGUUCAAGGUGACAUGGCUGAAGGUUGACAAGGGCAAGUUCUUUGAAUUCAUAAACGGAAGGAAUCCGCCAUUCCGCAACUCGACCAUCGAGGGGGCCGAAAUCGAUUGGGACAACUCGAAUGAGCAGCAGGUGACCCUCAAGGAUGUCCAGUUCGAUCUGUCCGGGCAGUUCUACUGCGAGGUCUCCACGGAUACGCCCAUUUUCACCAAGGCCAGCGCCGACGAGCUGAUGAGCGUGUUCUUGCCCCAGACGGGUCCGCCCACCAUAAGGUUUCGCAAAAGGACGCCCUUCGCGGUGGGCGAGAAAUUGUUCGCCCUGUGCAACACCACCCGCGGUCGCCCCGCCCCACACAUCACGUGGCUAAUCAAUGGGAAAAAGGUGGAGGACAAGUACGUGCGCACCCACCACGCCUACUCGUUCAAUGGGAAGCACCAGCGCCGCACGCAGCAGCAGCAGCAGACGCAGCUGAGUCAGCAGCAGCUGCAGCAGCAGUACUACCAGCAGCAGUACUUCAACCAGUACCACCAGCAGUACCAUGUCCCCGUGGGCCAGUACAUCGACCGAUACGACAAAAGCCUACGCUGGCCGGCAGGAGCACGAGCGGAUGAGUUCCCGCACUUUUUGUCGCACCACCACGAGGGGCACGGUCACCAUGGCAGCCUCUACAACAAUCCCUUUGGCUCGCUGGCCAACUACCACGAUGUGGGCGAGUUCCACGAGGUGCACCAGCGCAACUACGACAGCAACAACAAGAAGAUGAUGGAGAUCAAGAAGCAGCAGCAGAUGGAGAUGAAGAAGCACAGGAACAGCAACCGCAAGUACCGGCGCCACAUAAACGAGAACGCCCUGGGCAUCAUCCGCAGCACUUUGAACAGCGGUGGCUUCGGUCCGCAGGCCCCCAACAUGAACAAGGAGCUGGGCAUUCCGUCGAACGCAGGACCCAUGAACCAGCUGGCAGCGGGAUACCAGCGACCCCUCUCGCAUCCCGGCGGCGGAAGCGGAGUGGCUGCAGCCGCCGCGGCCGUGACAGCCGCCCAGCAGGAGAAGGGCAUGUUCAGCAUCAGCCAGCUGAACAUCGAGCUCACCGAGGAGCACGUGGGCACCAACAGCCGCAUGGAGAUCACCUGCCUGUCCACCAUUCCCGCCACCGUGGGCCAGGGCGAGCAGUACGCCGACUACAAGACCUACUCGGUGAAAGUUGAGGUCGAGCGCCAAGUGGCCUCCUCCACGUCGACGGCCCCGCCGAGCAUCGGGAUGGCGGCGCUGGGCAAUGGAAAUGGACACGGCAACGAGACCUCCGCAGGACGAAGGACCAACGGCCAGGUGGUGACGCACCUGUGGUCGCUGGCGCAGCUCCUGCUUCUCGUCCUGCUGCCCCUCGGCUACUAGAGGAUGCAUUAUGAAGGAUGCAGAAGGCAGAAAUCAGGAUGCUGGAGAGGAGAAGACCACCGACAUACUCGCACAGAAGGCAUAGUUAAAGCCAAGCCAAGGGCAACCACAUCAUCAUCCCAAAUCCCAUCAAGGACAAAGGCAGCAAAAGAAGCAGCAGCAUCAUCGAAAAAAAACCAAGUUGGAAUUUUUGUAAAUUGUACACCGCAUUUUUAAUCUGUUUCCCCAGCAUGAGGCUCAAUCGAGCAGCUAAAUUAGUGCAGCUCAAAAAAAAAAAAAGAAAGGGCCACAAAGACAAUGGACUAAGAGAACAUUUUUAGCAUUCGUGCUCGCCCUGGUCGGCCAAUUUAAAUAGUUUACUUGUAAAUAACUGCAGAUGACCGAGGGUGGAUUUUUCCCUACUUUUUUUGUAUGGCCGCAAAGCCAAAGAGAAAUGUUUGUAAUUAAGUUGCAGUCGGUUGGGAAAUUGUAAGAAUGCUUUCAGUCCAGUCGGCCAGCGGCCAUUUUUUUACAGUCCAAUCCAAGGAGAAUUUUGUAUAGCUAAUUGAACAUAAGUUUUCGGGAGAGGCGACUGCAACUCUGACAACAAGGAAAUUAAACCAAAGUUUUUGCGCCCUCUCAAGGUCAAGGGCGUGGUGGUGCUCCCCGCCCACUCAGUUCCCUUCAUUUUGGCCUUGUCAUGGAAAAACCCGGAGAAACUCAUAUCCCAAAUAGCCAGAGUUGAUUGGGGGCUAACAUUUUUAGGCGUUUCAAAGCAGUCGCUACGAAGCUUGUACCUAAAAUGCAUGAACUUAGUGCAGUAGCAGAGAAAAACGUAAAACGAAAAUCGAAUAACAGAACACUCAAAGGAAACAUAUUUUUUACGGUAUUGUAGCGCUUGGGCUAGUCAGAAAUCGAGGAUAGGAUAGGGAUGUGGCUAACUGAGGGUAGGCUAAGAUUAGGGCAAUUGAAUUUAGGAGCCGGCAGCAGCAAGCUAAAUACGAGUACCGUACCCCCCGGAAACCGAGAACCCCCCGGAAAUAAAACGUUUAAAUGUAAAAUAAUUAGACAGUUAAACCAAGAAGCUUACAGAAACAAUCAGUGUUAAAAACAUUUUGAGAAAACAACCAAAACAAAAGAAAAGGAAGGCGGAACCCAAAGGAAAAGGCGUCGAAAAGGGCGCAAUCUGCGGCGCGUGGUGACCCCGAAAAUGGGAAAGGGUCACCAGUCUCAGCCCCAGAGGGCUGGAACCAUCUUAAUGGGUAACCCACUCCGCUACACAUUACGACGCUUAUUUGUUUAUUCUCAUUUGGAACCCUUAAUUUUCGUUUCGUUGUGUGUAAAUGGUUAUCGUUGCAAUGGAUCGUUUAGUGUGUAGUUAGGAAAAUAUUUGUUUCGGUUGAAAUUUAAUUUUUUGGCGGCCUAGUCGCAGUGCUUAACAGUACUUAAGUACGGAUGCAUUUCGUGUGUAUUUAGGAGGUUUAUUUCAAGCGCGCUUUAAGUGUCUAUGGCUAAAGAACCAUUUUAAACACGUAGCAUAACAAUGUAACUAUGUAAAGCAAGAUGAUAGCAACCACGGACAACCCGGCAAAGUAAAUAUAUGUAAAGCAAUUAGUGGACUAGUCUAUACUCUUUAAAAAAACCCAAAAAAUAUAUAAAAAUGAGCGUCUGUAUUGUGUGUGUAAUUAGGCUUCUAUUUUUGACUUCUACUCGACGGCGAAAUGCAAAACCAAACAUAAAUUUAGUAAUACAACUAAGCCUGCUGCGUUCUCCUACAGUUUGAACAAGCGAAAUCAGUUAGAGCAAAAGAUUAACAAUUAACGAACAACAAUUACAACUGCAAAUUGCAAAUUGCAAGAUCUUGCCACAGUUGUUUCAACAAUUUUCCAAGGGUUGUCCUCAUUGUGAGAACAUAAAAGUAGUUUCUUGGCCAGUGAAAAGUUUUCUGGCCAAUGAGUACAGCAACCGGAUAAUGCUUGAACGAACUACAACAAUUUUUUAUAAACGAAAUAUACUUAAUUAUGAUAACGGUGACAUCACGUAUAAAUAAUUGAAAACAAAGUUCAUAUUAUGUAUGAAAAUAUGGCUAAAAUGUCUUAUGCAGGUAUUGACGUCUUCCUAUGCUACGCUGUCUAUUAUUAACAGAAAAACAAAUUGAUUACAUUUAUAAAUUAUACAUUACGAAUAGGUGUGCAUGCAAAUUUACUGAUUGCAUACACUAAGAACUAAAUAAAAAAAAGAGAAAAUAAAAAACAAAAGAGAACAAAAUAUUAACACUUAUACACAACAAAUGAAAAUGCUUUAAAUUUAGUGGAUAAUUUAUAUCUGUUUUGAUUAAAAUCUGUAGACUAUAUAGUUUUAGUAUGAUAUGAUUAUGGUAUGCUAAUUUCAGCCAUUAUUCAAUUCCAGAUAAUUUGAUUUAAGUGAACUUUUUCGGGAGCUAUUUCCCAGUUAUAUUGUUAUGGGUUUGUAAAUCACUCGUACUAGUAAAUGUUUCCCACCAAUCUAUGAACAAGUGCAAACACUCCCACACAUCACACUCGCCUACACAUCCGCAGUUUCCCCCGAAAAUAAAUGUCAUACACUCUCCUCUUCUCUAUUUGUCUGUAUAAAUAUGCAAACUGCGUGUUGUCUACAAUUCAGUCGUCUGUUGUCUCAGCAUAUAUAUAUAGCAUAUAGCAUGAAUGAGCAUAAUUGGCCAAGGACCUGAGGUUACUAUAUCCAACAGUCGUGUCGCCAAUUAUGAGCCAUGCACCCUCUAUCGAGCAUAUAAAUGUGUAUCUAUAUGUAAAAACUCUUUAUGAUGGAUGGUAUUUAUAUAGAUCAAAUAAGAGUACAUUAAGUGUGGCAGCAAUUCGCAAAACAUAUCAUAAAUGUUGUAACAUUUUCGGAUCCCCAAGAGUCGGAAGCCAAUUAACAUUUUUCAUGCCUAGCAUAUGGUGCCCUAUAAUUAUAAUUGUUUGUUGAGGCCUCUCCAACCAACAUAAAUGGGUAUUGACUUGGGUGCUCAACAAUCUGGCAUUCGUAUUCAUGUUGGAGGAAAAACGACAUUAUAAUGGAAAUGGGAGCGCAUGAUAUACACAAAAUAUGCACACAAAACACAAACAUUAUAUUUGAAUGUUGUAUUUUUAUAAGUCGAAAGUAUUACGACGAUGUCGGAUUUUUGAACAAAAGAUAAACAUUUUGUUUGGAAAUCUGCUGCGCGGCUACCUUUAUCAUUUCACUCACAUCUAAAUCUUCCAAUCACACAUAUCAUUGCGUAUUGAACAAAAAACAUGAAAUUAUACAAACAAAAUAUAUAUUGAAAUUAUGUAUACAACAGACAUAGGAGAAACAGAUCCGUAAAAGGUGUAUAAAAGAUAUAUUUAUAGAGAAACGGCAUGUUUAUUAGUUUUAAACACUUACACCACAAAAAGCUUUAACUUUUUGUUCCCAUUGUUUAUCGAACAUUAAAAUAAUCGCAUGCACAUACACAUGGAUUUGUGUGUAAAAAUAUUUGAUAUUGAAUUCAAUAUAAUUUGAAUUUCCCCUGAUUUGUAUUGUAUAAAAUGUUUUAAGAUCUAAGAAAUUGUCUAGAUAAAUAGCAUUAUUGAGGCUACUAUUGAUAAAUGAAUAUCGGAGAAAACCCAGACAAAUUGAACUCGAUAAACGUAAAUAAAUAAAUUUAUUUAUAGAUACAGACAUACCAAGCGAGCGAUACAAUUGUAAAAAUUGCAACCUAUGCAAGUCAAAUGCAAAACAAAAAUAAUAAAAAUGUGUGGAAUAUGUGUAUUAUUAUUAUACUAAGCCACGAAUAUUUAUAUGUACACUGAGCGGCAGCAGGAGAGAGUUAAGUGUAAAAUUUAAAGUGUAAAUUAACAAACGAAGAACAAGAACAACAAUUACGAUUACAACUCAACCCAAAUUAUGGCGCCUACUGCUUGGCCAAUCUACUACACUGAAAAAAGGGAUAUACAGCAUAUUAAAUAUACAUACAGAAAUACGAAUAUUUGUGGUAAAGAGAACGAACUAAAAAAUAAAUGUUGAAAACAAAA